GCAUUGUUGAAUUCUCAAAAGCACCUAGCAAGCAAAACCCGCCCCCAUAAGUUUCUUUCUGCAAAUCAUAGACCAGAAGAGACAGGUUGGGGAGCUUCAACUAUUUGGAACGUUUGUGACUUGCCAACAGAGAUUCACAAAAUCGCUCGAGCUGAUGGCCAAGCGACGGCGCAACGCAUUUCGUCCUCCAGUGCCUACUCUGACCAUUUCAUUACCUCUAUGUAAAUCUUAGCAGGGCAUAUGAUAGGUUAUGAUGAUUUUCAACAGCAAUACAGUCUAGUCAAUCGGGACUACCCUACAUAUAUAACGAGUGCUCUCCCUUUUCUCAGCAUUACAAUUCCAACCAUCCACAAUCUUCAGGCUGUGCGAAUUUACCAUAGGUUUUACCACAUAUGAGCAAUGUCGAAAAUCUCCAAAGCCGCAUUCGAAGGGUUAGCUAAGAAAAUACGCGAGAACUCCGAUGCCUUGAAGAACCUCACUUUUGCCGAUAACCAGACUUCAAAGACUGCCGUGAAGACCAAGGACCUUCGAUUUGAUGUGCACCGAAAUACUAGAGAUCCAACAAUGGCAACCGGAAUAAUCCAGGCGAACAGUCAGGCAGAAGAUAGGACAGUGCAGAAUUUCAUCAAGGGGAAAACUGGUGGACACAAGGGUACACACCAGGUCAUUGGAGAGAAGAUCACUUUUGGUCUUGGGGAGAACUUCAAAGCUGAUGAUGUCGCAUCUGCGGUCGAAAAUACUGAGUAGAGUCGAGUCUAGACAAAGCUCUUGUCGGCAUUAGUUACUGCCAAACCUCAUUCUAAUGCCUCCACUAGCUCGAUGACUCUAUCGGUUAGCAUAAACGUGAUAAUGUUCUUGUUUGCCAUAUACAACUGGCAAAUGACAUCUACAGACUAUUCUUCGACCGCGAUGAUUCUUCAAGUAGUACACUAAAUAAUCGAAAAUAUAUUCUUG